UAAUAAAUAAAUAACAAAAACAUAAAAAGGCAUCUCCCUUAAUAAUUUUACUAUAAAUACAAAACUUGUCAUACUUCCUUUUUGAUUCGUUCACUUUAUCGUUCUAAGCUCUUAUCCUUUCAAAUAGGUGAUCUGAUUGUGUAUUGAUGGGUGGAAGUGCCAUUGAUGAUGACUGGGAGCUUGCUUCCCUGUCCAACGUGGUUCGAACUGUUGUGUUAGUUGGAAGAACAGGGAAUGGAAAAAGUGCAACUGGUAAUAGCAUUCUUGGAAAAAAGGCCUUCAAAUCGAGGGCGAGUUCCUCUGGUAUUACAAGCACUUGUGAGUUGCAGAGAACUGUGUUGAGAGAUGGCCAAGUUAUUAAUGUCAUUGACACUCCUGGGCUUUUUGAUUUUUCAGUUGAAUCUGACUUUGUUGGCAAAGAGAUUGUGAAAUGUAUAAACAUGGCCAAGGAUGGGAUCCAUGCUGUGCUUGUAGUUUUCUCUGUUAGGACCCGCUUUUCACAAGAAGAGCAAGCUGCGCUUCGUAGCUUGCAAACUUUGUUUGGUAGCAAAAUAGUUGAUUACAUGAUUGUUGUCUUUACUGGAGGAGACGAACUUGAAGAAAAUGAUGAAACUCUAGAAGAUUACUUAGGUCGUGAAUGUCCUGAGCCCUUAAAGGACAUCCUUAGCCUGUGUGCAAAUCGCCUGGUGCUUUUUGAUAACAAGACUAAGGAUGAAAGAAAGAAGGCUGGUCAAGUUCAGCAUCUUCUCUCCCUUGUAAACAACGUCAUAGCACAGAAUGGUGGGCAACCAUACACAGAUGAGAUAUUUACUGAAGUUAAGCAAGGUGCUAUGAAACUUCGCGAUCAACAAGAAGAGGUUAACUCCUUAAAGGGGUAUUCUAAACGAGAAAUAUCAGACUUGAAGGAGCAGAUGCAGCUAGCAUAUGAAGAGCAGCUUAAGCGAAUUACUGAGAUGGUCGAGUCAAGGUUGAAAGAGACAACUACCAGGCUUGAACAACAAUUGUAUGAAGAGCAUGCCGCCAGACUCAGGGCAGAAGAGUUUGCGCAGCAAGCUCAGAAGAGUUCCAACGAGGAAAUUCGUAAGCUUAGAGAGCAUCUCGAGCUUGCACAGGAGGAGCUCCGUAAAAGGGGUGAAAGUAAGUGUGCCAUCCUAUGAAUUAGUAAUCAUAUAGUAAAAAGAUAUUUGGUUCAUGCUGGGAACAAUUACUUGAAAUCUUCUUUAUAUUUCCCUUGGAAGUGUUGAAACAUAUCGUAUGGGGGACGCAUACAAUAUCGUCUCUUAAUAUAGUAUUUAGUAAAACGGUUUUAUGUUUGUCUGAGACAUUGAAUCUCUAGUUUGAGUUGUACAGCCACACUAUUUUUAGUAUAUUAUUUGUUCUUGUUCUUGUUCUU